AUGAGUUUUCAAAUUGGCGAAAGACAGCAUUCCCUUGGAGGUGUUGACUCUCAAUCAGUAGGUUUCCUGAAUGUCGAAACCCGAAGUUGGAAGUCGGAAGAUUCGCGGGAACAGGAGGGCUGUGGGAGAAUAGUUGCUAGCCGAAGGUGGGCUUUACGCGGAGCUGUUGCGUGGCGUCGCCCACUGUCACUCAGUCCUUACCACCUUGAACCGCCCACUGGGAUUGAAUCGAACGCACCAGAGUUCAGGCUGGGGACUUCGACUAUGAGUACCGGUUACCGAGCGCCUUUGGUUUGCAUCGAGUUCCAGUUUCAAGAGAGCCUGAAGAGUCGGCGCUUCAGCCAUCAGAAGCUCAGUGUUACAACUUACCUACAACUUGAAGAAAGUACGCACUGUUGGUUCCAACUCAACACUUUGUUUGAACUUGGAUCCAACCUCGAGGUUUGGUGGUAAUAAUUUGGAUUUGUUUCCAGAGGGUCGCGCAGUACUAUUCGUGGUGUGUCGCUUCGAAAGUGUUCGAUAAACCAAUCGCUGUAGGGUCUCGUGAAUAGGAAUGUUGUUUGACAUCGCCGGAGCUGUUAUGGGUGGGCGUGCGCACUGGCGCACCCGAACUGGCCGCGACCUGUACACAGCGCAGAAGGUAUUGGGCUCAAGGCCAACGUCUUCGCGUACACGCCUGUCGGCCCAACCGUCGCUGACGUUAAAAAGGGGACUUUCAAAUUCUUGAAAAUCAGAGAUAUCGCAAGUUGCGCUGAAGACCU